AUGUCAACCACCACUGGUACACACCAACGACCUUCGCUCUGGUCGUACGUGAGCUUCAGUUCCACGCCUCGUCGCCGUUCCUCCUCCCUUACACUACCGAAGAGGGAGUCACAGGAGCCCCACGAAAAGCGCAACCGCCACGAUUCGUUCAGCAAACGCAAAUCGGGAUCAAUGCAAGAAAAGGUACAAGCCGCGUGGAUGAAUCAAGGCACAAGGGCGCGGUACAUCAAGACCGGCUGCUUGAUCUUCUUCGUGCUCGCAGUUCUAUACUACAUCGUUCCUGGAGGCAAGUAUGCUGGCACGGAUUCUCUGUCCAGUGCUGGGAAGUUUCCAGGAGGAGAUGUACCCAGCGACCCUUCGAUUUCUACGACAAGGUGUACGCGUAGCUAUUCAAAGGACAAGCCUCUGAUUCAAUAUGCGCUCAUGAUCGAUGCGGGAAGUACGGGCAGCAGAAUACACGUCUACCGAUUCAAUAACUGCGGGCCAACGCCCGAGCUGGAAGAUGAGAAAUUUGAGAUGACAGCGAAGAAAGAGGGUGGUUCCGGGCUGAGCAGCUACAAGAGCGAUGCUGAAGGCGCGGCUAAGAGCUUGGAUGUGCUCAUGGAAGUUGCGAUGAAGCAUGUGCCGGACAAGAUCAAGGGAUGUACUCCGGUGGCAGUCAAAGCCACCGCGGGCCUGCGCAAACUUGGGCCCGAAAUGAGUGAUGCCAUUCUCAAGGCUGUUAGGAACAGAUUGGAGACGGUCUAUCCGUUUCCCGUGGUCAGUGAGGAGAAGGGCGGAGUCGAGGUCAUGGAUGGUAAAGAUGAGGGUGUAUAUGCUUGGAUCACCACCAAUUAUCUCCUGGGCAAGAUCGGCGGCCCGGAUAAGAGCCCAACCGCUGCAGUUUUCGACCUUGGGGGCGGUAGCACUCAGAUCGUCUUCGAGCCGACAUUCAAGCAGGCUCCGGACGGAGGUAUGCCGGAGACACUCAAAGAAGGUGACCACAAGUACGAUCUCAACUUCGGCGGACGUGACUUCACCCUUUACCAGCACUCCUACCUCGGCUAUGGUCUUAUGGAAGCACGCAACAAUCUGCACCGGGUGAUCAUCGAAGGCAUGUAUGAGAACAACGAAGCGUCGAGUACAUGGCUGAAUAAGCCCGUGUCCAACCCUUGCUUUGGCAUUGGCAUGAGCAAGGAAGUAGAGGUCUCUCUGGGCGAAGGCCAUGCUCUCGGAAAGAGCGUCUCUGUCAAUAUGACUGGUCCAGCUGUUGGUAGCCCAGCGCAAUGCCGAGCGUUGGCGGAGAAGACGUUGAAGAAGGAAGCGGAGUGCAAGCUUGCUCCGUGUGCAUUCAACGGCGUCCACCAGCCAAGCCUUGAGAAGACGUUCGCCAGGGAAGACAUCUAUCUUUUCUCUUACUUCUACGACCGUGCACAGCCAUUGGGAAUGCCGGAGUCAUUCACGCUUCGUGAGCUGAAGGACUUGACCGCUCGUGUCUGCCAGGGUGGAGAUGCCUGGAACGUGUUCGAAUCGGUUCCUGGCGCCAUGGAAGAGCUCAAGGACCGACCAGAGACAUGCUUGGACUUGAACUUCAUGUUGGCGUUGCUACAUACCGGCUACGAGAUGCCAAUCGACCGAGAGGUCAAGAUCGCAAAGAAGAUCAAAGGUAAUGAGCUGGGGUGGUGUUUGGGUGCGAGUUUACCGUUACUUAGCCAGGAGUCAGGAUGGACGUGUAAGAUUCAGAAGGUGCAGUGA